AUGUCGAAUCGAAACAGUCUCCGCACUAUUGCCCGGUUCGUGACAGGCCACAACAACGCUGACGGUACGUCUGUGUUCCAGACAGACGUAGAUAGCAACCCGCCUGUCAGAGCGCUCCCCGAUGGCAUGCAAAUCUUCGAUUGCUACAUGACGCAAGGUUUUCCCGUCGACGUGGCCACUGGAAGCGAUCUUCGCGUAUACGAGCGGCUCAUUCAGAACCCUCCCGGGAUCGUGGUCCCCAAUGGAUCUGCAGCCAGGGUUGUCGACAUCCCACCGGCAUAUACUUCACCCAUGCAUCGCAGCAUGAGUCUGAACUACAACUUUGUCAUCGAAGGCGAGGUGGAAGUCCUUCUGGACUCAGGUGAAACAAGAUCUUUGAAGCGAGGAGAUGUGUUGGUUCAGCGCGCCAUCAAUCAUGCGUGGAGAAAUACGAGUGAGACGGAGUGGGCGAGGAUUACGGCUGUUGUGUUGCCAGUGCAAGGCAUUCAUCUUGGAGGCAAGGGAUUGGAAACAUCGAAAGGAAACGAGGGCCAGCUGGGGUAA